GUGUCACCCACAGGGAACCCAGACUGUGAAAUAAGUGCACAGAAAUGUCAACCUCCUUUGGAGAAAACAACCCGUACAGUAACGCCGAAAGACUCUAAAGUGACUUUCAACUGCUCGAUUAAGAAUGGGGGAAAAGUACAAGACAUGACCUGGCAGUAUCUUGAAAAACACCUCAAUGCCAGUAACGCCGGUCUGUUCUUACAACAAAUCGAUUCAAAGAAUAGAAGUCAGCCACGUGAAUGUUCUUCUAUAAAAUACGCCAGUGAGUAUGUUCUCCUUUUGCCUUGUCUGAAAUUGAUGGGGAGAAAAAUAUCAUAAUGCGGCCAUCAGUUUUUUUAUGUCUUAUUUUUUAAAUGGAUUAUAACGAAUCCUAUGAAUGCCUCGUAACAGGUUUGGGCAGAUUCAAGCUCAGCUGAGGCAAUUUUUGCGGUUGGAUUGAGUGUAAAAACGGUUGAAGUUAUAGCCAGCUAAAUCACCUCACUUGAACAUGGUUCACCGCUGAACUCUAGUUGCUCAUGCCAUGCUCGAGGGGAAAGGGACAUGACAAACAACAAACAAAGGAAUCAUUUCAAAUGAUGUUAGCUUUUUGUUUGGCUUGACUCAGUGCUUAGGGCCUCGCUUUCCAGCAUGGCAGGUUUGUGCCACAAAAGUGACUUACUGCAAAGGGCUUAUUUAAAAUGAACAAGGCAUGGAGUAAAACAUGGUUGGUUGGAAGGUGUCGGUAAGAGCGAUGACUGUAGGUAUCUUAAAAAUCCUGAGCUAAGCAACGACGACGACGACAGCAGUGAAAAUGUCGCUAAAAACUUUAAAUUUGCCUCGUUUCAAAUGUUAUCGCGUCUAUUUGGAGCUGCUUAAUUUGUCAAAUGUAGGCGAUUUAUCUCGGAGUUGAAUUCUUAAGGACUUUAUUCAGGAUCAGAAAGAAAAAGGAGAUUUUGUCGUCGUAUGUUCACUUUCUCUAUCAAACGUCGUAUUCCUUGAUUAGGAGGUUUCACUUCAUAGUCGUGCAGUCAACGUCAAAGAAAUGUACUAUAAGAAGCUUGACGCAUGUGCAGCAACUAUUGUUUUCAUGUUAAAACCAUUUGUGUUUUGACGUUGACGUCGUGGUGGUUCAGAUUUUUCCAUUUCAGAUUUUGAUAUUUUUUUCCACUAAUUCAAGAGGUUGCUAUAAAAAUUACAAAUAUAUUACAAAACCAAGAAGAAGAAAACCAGCAAAUUACGUAAAUCCUGAUUAAAGGUGAAAUGUGCGCAGUGGCCAAAGGAGCUUAGGCUUUCGAGUGGGUCACUUAAGCUCCCUAGUUUAAGUGACUGGGUGCAUGACUUACGAGCUUUGAAAUUAAGACGAAGAAUUCCUUCUCAGUUCCUGUUAAGAGAGUAUCUAAGACAAGUUCUCCCGUUGACUACUAUCCUGACACGACAGAAAUGGAACUGAUGUGUACCUUUAAGGGAUGGCCUCGUCCUCGUGUAGUUUGGUACAAUCCAAGUAACAAACAGAUCAUCAACGGAUCUGAAGGUUUUUACAUCUCAGAGCAGCUCGAUCGAGAGGAUACCUUAACUUCCCUUCUCCGUAAUGCUAAUAUCCAAAAAUAUCAAGCCGGGGCUUAUAAAUGCACUGGAAUGAACAACAUUACUGGCUGGUCGACUGAAAAAUCAGGGUUAAUUGACCUGAUUUGUGGCUGUGAGUCCUUUAAUUUCUUAUUUGAAUUCUUCUUUUACACACGGAUGCACAAAACCACCUUAGUUAACAGUACCUCCUUUGUAUCAGGUUCAGCAUAAAAAAGGUAUUGCCGUGUUUGCCCUGUAAGCAGUGGGAAGUAUACCAUUUAGACUAAGAGGGACAGCUCAUUCUCUCUUGAUUUAGACGGAAUGAAAUAUUGGGUGCUUCAUGUUUUAAAUAACAGAUAAAGUUAUUCCCAGAUGAAUUUAAAAGAAAUCAAUGUAACUGAAAAUUUCGUGCCACCUUCCACUUCCAUUCAGACAAAUUGGACGCUGGAAUUUUUAUUUGUUUAUCGGGUCACAAGGGAUAGGUAAAUAAGUAGAUAAAUGAAUAAAUAACGAUUUAGUGGCGCUAGCUCAUCCACAUAGUGGUUCUUUGUCUGCCAUUCUGGCUCAAAUUUACCCUGCGCAGCUGGCGGGAUUAACGUGGGAGCGAUGUAUUUUUUUGGCUGCGAUGGCGGAAUAAGGGUAAUAGGCAACAAAACUCAACCAGGCCGACCAUAUAUGAAGUUGCCUGAGGAAUCUAGCAGAGGACAGUCAUUAAUGAGAGGGGAGUGUUCUCACCUGAAAUACAGUAGAACCUCUAUAUAACGAUUUCCUCGGUAUAAUUAACAAUUAUUACACGAGUGUGCGUUGGAUAUGAGAUGGUAGGGAGCCAACGAGGCGCGUAGCACCGAGUUUGCAGAAAGAAAAAGGAGAAUUUGUCGUCGUAUGUUCACUUUUUCUAUAAAACGUCGUAUUCCUUGAUUAGGAGGUUUCACUUCAUAGUCGUGCAGUCAACGUCAAAGAAAUGUACCAUAAGAAGCUUGACGCAUGUGCAGCAACUAUUGUUUUCAUGUUAAAACCAUUUGUGUUUUGACGUUGACGUCGUGGUGGUUCAGAUUUUUCCAUUUCAGACUUUGAUAUUUUUUUCCACUAAUUCAAGAGGUUGCUAUAAAAAUUAAAAAUAUAUUACAAAACCAAGAAGAAGAAAACCAGCAAAUUACAUAAAUCCUGAUCAAAGGUGAAAUGUGCGCAGUGGCCAAAGGAGCUUAGGCUUUCGAGUGGGUCACUUAAGCUCCCUAGUUUAAGUGACUGGGUGCAUGACUUACGAGCUUUGAAAUUAAGACGAAGAAUUCCUUCUCAGUUCCAGUUCAGAGAGUAUCUAAGACAAGUUCUCCCGUUGAAUACUAUCCUGACACGACAGAAAUGGAACUGAUGUGUACCUUCAAGGGAUGGCCUCGUCCUCGUGUAGUUUGGUCCAACCCAAAAACCAAACAAAUCAUCAACGGAUCUGAAGGUUUUUACAUCUCAGAGCAGCUGGUUGGAGAGGAUACCUUAACUUCCCUUCUCCGUAAUGCUGAUAUCCAAGAAAAACAAGCAGGGGUUUAUAAAUGCACUGGAAUGAACAACAUUACUGGCUGGUCGAGUAAAAAUUCAGGAUAUAUUGACCUGAAUUAUCGCUGUGAGUCAUUUAAUUUCUUAUUUUUAAUACUACACACAGAUGCGCAAAACUACCUCCUUUGAAGCAGGUUCAUAAAAACAUAAUACCACGUUUCCCCUGUAAGCAAUGGAAAGUAUCCCUUUAGACUAAGAGGGACAGCUCAUUCUCUCUUGAUUUAGAUGGAAGUAAAUAUUGGGUGUUUCAUGUUUCAAAUAACAGAUUAACUUAUUCCUAAAUGAAUUUUAAAAAAUGUAACUGACAAUUUCGUGCCAGGAAUUUUCAUUUGUUUACCCCCCGGGUCACAAGGGAUAAGUAAAUAAGUAAAUAAAUAAAUAAAUAAUGAUUUAGUGGCGCUAGCUCAUCCACAUAGUGGUUCUUUGUCUGCCAUUCUGGCUCCAAUUUACCCUGUGCAGCUGGCGGCAUUAACGUGGGAGUGAUGUGUUGUUUUGGUGGCAAUGGCGGAAUAAGGGUGAGGACCAACAAACUCAACCGGGCCGGCGAAAUGUGAUGUUGCCUGAGGAAUCAAGCACAGGACAGUCAUUAAUGAGAGGGGAGUGUUCUCACCUAAAAUUCAGUAGAACCUCUAUAUAACGAAGUCCUCGGUGUAAUUAACAAUUAUUCCACUUAUCCCGCGAGUGUGCUUUACAUAUGAGAUGAUGAAGGUAACCAACGAGGCGCGUAGCACCGAGUUGGCUAACUACCAUCUCAUAUCCAACAAGCGCGAGUGGAAUAAUUAUUCUAUUAAAAACGCCCACAAAAUAUCGAGAAUUCUUCCCGACUUUAUUUGUAAACCAACCGAUUUUCAUCUUGUUUUUAAUUUUAAGCAGACGCGUACAGUUAUCAUGUUUGAAGAGCACGGUAUAACGGCUCAUAUACCAUGAUGGCUAAGCCAAUCAGAGCUCUGGAAUUGCGUUAUCCAAUAAUUCAAUUUUUAAUAAUAAGCGAUACGCCCCAGAAAUAAUACAGUCAAACCCCGCAAAUCCCGACACUAAAGGGGCCGUACGGCGAAAGAGUCCGUAUUAACGGGGUGACCUUACUAAGCGGGUAGAAAAUGUAAGGGCUUUCCUUCCCCAGGGACAAAGCAAACCGUCCGUAACAAUGAGAUGUCUGUAUUGAGCGGGUUUCCAGACUGGAGCGGGGUUUGACUGUACAAUAAAUAAAAGAAACCUCUAUAUAACAAUUCAAACCUCUUUAUAGUUAGCAUAUUUUGCCAGUCCUUUGGGUCUUCGUUCAGCUGUUCGUUACAUCAAGAUUCCAAUGUAAAGUGUCAUGUGAUUGUUAAAAAGAGAAAACGAGACGCCGAAUAGCUAUUGAAAUCAACCCUUAGUAGCACAGGCCAUAUUGGUGGGAGAUAAGAGAAGUGGGGUUCAUCCGAUCAACCGAUCGUUAGAGCGUCUUUAAAGAUGGUGUGACGAGAUAAGUCGCAAAAGAGGGAACCACUGGAAUAAACAAAAUCAACACCUAAAAACUCCAAAGCGCUGGGAUGCCGCAUGUAUUGUCACAAAUAUUCAGGAGGGGAGGGUAAGAGUAAGAAUGUUACCCCCUACGGUUGCACAAAAAAUGAUAACGAUUUUCAAACAAUAUUUGCUCAUCAUAUCUUCUUAUCAUCUAAUACAGGUCUCUUGGCUAAAGCUCCGAAGAUUUCUUCUCCUCAGGUUUCGGUGGAAGCCUACUUCAAUGUCAGUUUAAAGUGCUUAGUAUCUGUUAGGCCAAGCGACUGUUGGGACAGUUCUUUACAGUGGUAUUUUAACAACAGCUCAGUGAAAUUAAAAUCUGGUGAAAAGUAUGAUAUACAAGAAAGGACAACCAACACCAGAUGCAAAACAGAUUUCAUUCUCACCAUUGUUAACGUUACUGAAGCAGACGAGGGAAAGUAUAAAUGUGUGUGGCUCUGCGAGAAUGACGACCCCAGCUUUUCCAGGUCUUCAAUUAUCCAGUUGAAAGUAUUUCCUCCUCCAGAAGAAGGUACUGAUAGUCCUGUGAUAUCUAAAGGUCUUGUG